AUGUCUAAAGAGGAUGGGUGUAAGGUCGCGUCCGUCUGCAAGCACAAGGAACGCAAGCCCAAGAAGCCCCACUACAUCCCCCGGCCCUGGGGGAAACCCUACAACUACAAGUGCUUCCAGUGCCCCUUCACCUGCAUGGAGAAGUCUCAUCUGUACAACCACAUGAAGUACAGCCUCUGCAAGAACUCCCUCUCACUGCUCAUAGAGUCCGACUGGCCCUACAAGAAGGGCAACAUCCUCCAUCCCGAGCAGCUGCGCCCUCUCCAGCACGCACAUGGGCUCCACAAGCCACAGAAGGAGGACCAGGGGCAGGGGACAGAGCCUGAGGAGAGGCCCAGGCAGGGGGGUCCCUUAGACGAGGAAGGGGAGGACCCAGAGAGUCGAGGAGGAGGAGGAGGAGAGGAGGAAGAGGCGGGAGGAGGAGUGGAUGGGGCAGAGCUCACAGGGCUAGCAAAGGAGAACUCUGGCAGGAGUCAAGGGCUCACACAGGGAACCAAACACCCUGUAAGCCGGCAGGAAUCCGAACUCCUCAUGGCAGACAUGUUCUCCCUAGAAGACCAGCUUCUGAGGGCCCGCUCGGUGGAGGUGGAGGCCCAGCUGAAGCAGUACAAGCUGUCCAAGACCUGCCUGACCGCGCCCGGCCUGCUGUCCGAGCACUGGAGGCUGCUGACCAUGAGCCACACCAAGGCCAAGGCCGAGGGCGUCCAGUCCAGGAUGGGAGGCUCCAUCCCUUGCUACCCUCCCCCGCCCAAUCUCCUGGACUACCAGGACCCCACCGGGCUCAACCUGUCCCUGCUUGGGGUGGGCUACCCCAUCAGCCCGGGCCUCUUCUCCUACAUGAACGCUGCUGCUGCUGCUCCCGGCUUAAACACCCCCACCCACGCCCAGAUGGCGGACCAGCUCCCCUUCCUCGCCUCUGCCGCGCAGCUCAUCCACCCCUCCUCUGGCAUCCACGCACACCCUGACCGGACGCUGCUCGCGCCACGCCUCUUCUACCCCUUCCUCUGUGAGCACAGCCUGGGAGCGACCGCAUUCGGGAAUGGUGAUACCAGCAAGGGGAUGAAGGCCCCCGCCGGCAGCACAUCCAGCAGUGGGCUGGCCGGCCGGCUGCCCAGUUACCCCCCUAAGGUCAACCUGUGGAAGGUCCCCGCAGUGCGACCAGGGGCCCACCCAUCGUCCCCCCAGGCCGGCUGGGUCUCCCCCCAGAGGGAGGGCCCUGACCCAGGUUUCAGGCCGGGGGAGAAGCUGACGUCGGCCGCCAGGGAAGGUAGAACUGGCUGGGGCCUCAAGAGGCCCGGGGCCCUGCAGGGGAUGAGUGAGGCCCCUGUGGAGAAGCGGCCUGCCGUGGGAUUCGGUCUGGAGGUGAUGAAGAACAUACAGAACUCCUCCUCUCCAGCUGACAGGCUUCUUUUGCACAGCAGCUCCCAAGGGGCCCAGCUCGUGUCCCGGCCGGUGGAGCCGUGGCAGGACGACACCCCUCCCGGCCCCAAUAUGGAGCCGUCGUCCCGGGCCGGCUGUGGGGAGGACCCCAGACCGGGCCGCACCACGGGCAGGACAGCGGGGCCGGUGGCCGGGCCUUCCCAGUCGGUGGCCGGGCUCCUGAACGACCUCUCCAAGGCCCUGCAGGAGUACCAGGAGGCGGAGAGGAAGAUCUCCGACCUGGACAAGGAAGACCUCCCCGGCCAGGGUCACCUGUGGGAACACCUGAGCACCAUCCGCAGCGAGCUCUUCCACAUCCACCGGGCGCUGGAGCAGACGGCGGCGCACAACGAAGGACCCCUCGACCUGUCCGUCAAGAGGGAACCCGACGACGCACCGGCCAACCACAGCAGCGCCGACGACGACGACCACACCAAAGACAUCUCCCCGGAAACCGAAGAGGAGGAGGACGACACGGAGCAGAAGGAGGAGGAAAAGGAGGAGGGCGAGGACGGGGCGAUCGAGAGCGAGAGGAAGGCCAUCAAGGCUUCUCUGGAGUGCCGGACAAAGUCUCUGGACAUGCUGAUCAAGAUGAGUCAGGCCUGUGUCCCCGCGCUGAGCGGCCAGGGGGGGGGCGCCCCAGGGGGGUUCGGUCUGAGACCCGGUCCGGCUGAGGUCCUCUGGCCGGGCAGGACCACCAAGUGUGAGGCCGACUCCAGCGUGCUGCUCUGCCCCGACGGACGCCCGCUGGUGUCCCACAUCGCCCCCUGCUCGGCCCAGACACCGAAGAGGCCCCCGUCUCUACAGCGCCCUCCUAGCCCCCUGAACGCCACCGACUCCUAGGAAGCCCCCCGGGACUUCCACCACCACCACCACCGCCGCAUCUGGAGCGCCGUCUCCAGCCUUGUUUCUUGCUCUUUCCUCCUCACUUCCUGUCACACUUUGCACCUUACGAGACGAAGGAAGAACUCACGUCUGAACUGAAGAACUAAUCAACUACAUGUGAAGGUCUGGUUGUCAACGUGGGAUGAUCUGGAACGUUGGCUUCCCCUUUCACAUGAUCAUGAUAACAUCACAAUAAAUGUUGAAAGGAAAUACAUAAUUUAUAACUCUGUUGGCA